AUGGGUUGCCGAUGUUUUAGGGGUAAAAAGCUCAAAAAAGGCUUUUUCACCCUCAUGCACCAUAAAAAUUUGUACCGUUUACAGGUUGCGAAGGGCUUUAAACCGACCCACGUAGCGACUGGUCACUUGUCGGCCGAAUAAAAAAUAAAUACUGUUUCACAUUUUAAAACAUUUUUUUUCUCAGACUUAUCCGGAUCUAGGUCUGUUCCUUCUCCAUUCUCCUCGAUCUUUCCGCACGCAACAUUCCGAUCAGGUUUGAGAAUCCAACACUAGCUCACGAGAACUGGUUUGUGUCUGCAUAGCCGCCAUUCGAUUAUCAACCAAGUUUCAUGUCUGAAGUCAACCUUGUGACUCCUACCACUUUUGAUCCCUUUGCUGAUGCAAGUGGUGAGAACUCUGAUGCGGGAACAAAAGAAGAUUAUGUGCAUGUGCGUAUUCAGCAACGGAAUGGUAGGAAAAGCUUGACGACUGUGCAGGGGGUGAAAAAACAAUUCAGCUAUGAAAAAAUACUGAAGGACCUCAAGAAAGAAUUUUGCUGCAAUGGAACUGUCGUUAACGACACUGAAUUAGGCCAGGUUAUACAGCUUCAAGGUGACCAAAGGAAGAACGUAUCUGCCUUCCUUACACAGGUAACCUUGGAAGCAGGCUGGAAUUGCGAAGAAGGAAAACAUUAAAAUCCAUGGUUUUUGAUCUGGUCGCGGAUAACAUAAUAGCUACCACAAGCAGAAGACUUGUGCUGCCUUAUUGUUUCAGUGGUUUAGUAAAAGGACUGAUUUUACCUUCUUUGAUUAUAUGUCCUUCCCGAUAUGCACUUCUAUUUCAUGGUUGUGACUUCUCAUUUUGAGAAAGAUUGAUUGUUGACUUUGUGUUUGCUUUUGAUGUAAUUGAUGACUAAAGCUACUUGUUGGCAGAUUCUCAUGUGGAAAUAUUGUGUUUAUUAUAUGAACACUUGAGAUUUUAAAUUCCCAGGGCCAUCUAAACUGGAAUUGUAUGCAUCACUGGUCCCAAUUCCUAGUGUACCCUUUUACCAAUAUAUACUUAAAUAAAGAGUGUAAAACAUUUUUCUUGUUAUAAUUUGAUAUGAAUGGAAUAUAUAAAUAGGGAUGGAUG